GGGGGACUGUGAUUGCGACGAACAACCAGGAAGCGGCCGGGGUGGGAGCUGUCCCCGGUUCUCCCCGCUCCGCUCCCGAGGCCGCCUGCCGGGGUCCUGCCACCGCGUUCCUCUGUCCCCCGCGUGGCCCCUGCCACGACCUGGGCUCCGGCCCGGGGCCGUCACUCCGGAGCCGCCAUGUCAUCCGACUUCGAAGGCUACGAGCAGGACUUCGCGGUGCUCACGGCAGAGAUCACCGGCAAGAUUGCGAGGGUCCCGCGCCUCCCGCCUGAUGAGAAGAAGCAAAUGGUUGCAAAUGUGGAGAAACAGCUUGAAGAAGCAAGAGAACUGCUUGAACAGAUGGAUCUGGAAGUCCGAGAGAUACCACCUCAAAGUCGAGGAAUGUACAGCAACAGGAUGCGAAGCUACAAGCAAGAAAUGGGCAAACUUGAAACAGAUUUUAAAAGGUCACGGAUCGCCUACAGUGACGAAGUACGGAAUGAGCUCCUAGGGGAUGAUGGGAAUUCCUCAGAGAACCAGAGGGCACAUCUGCUCGAUAACACAGAGAGGCUGGAAAGGUCAUCUCGGAGACUAGAGGCUGGAUACCAAAUAGCAGUGGAAACCGAGCAAAUUGGCCAGGAGAUGUUGGAAAACCUCAGUCAUGACAGAGAAAAGAUACAGCGUGCACGUGAACGACUUCGGGAAACAGAUGCUAACUUGGGGAAAAGCUCCAGGGUUCUGACAGGGAUGUUGCGAAGAAUCAUCCAGAACCGCAUCCUGGUCGUCAUCUUGGCCAUCAUCCUGGUCAUCACCAUCCUGAUGGCGAUCACUUUUUCUGUCAGAAGAUACUGAUGGAUCUGCUCCUCCCUGAUAAACAGCAACAUCGGCUUGUUCUGAGUAAUUAAGACAAAAUGGUCACAUGAAUCAUUCUUUUGCGCUGACAGGCCCUGAAUGACCCUCCCUCUUUUCACCACUGUUCAGCUGAAGUGCAAAGAGUGUAAAAAUAUUUUCUAUUCCUGUUUGCAUGUGGGUCGGUUUCCUUUCCUAGGUUUGUCUUCACCCAGAUUUGUUUUUUUUAUAAGGGAAGGUGAAUGUUUAUUUGCCUUUUGGUGAUUUCAUCUACUAACCAAAAUAGCCUUGGUGACAUUCUUGCUUGCCCUGUGGACAUGUCAAGGGUCAUGGUUUGGGAUAGGGCAUGAUGAGUCAGCUGUGGGGCAUCUGAUGGUCUGUGCUGUUUGUCACACAUCUCUUGUCACCAAAUUGCCCUUCUGUGAUGUCCAAGGAUAAAAAUGCAGAGAAAAACAGGAGCCAGAGCCAGUGACCGGCUCCAGCAAACCAGCCCUGUUCCUACCCCGGCAUAAUGAAUAUAGUCUACCUGCCUGAGUGCUUUCAUUGAAAAGGUGGAUAUUUAAUGUCAGUUGUGCAGGAAAUUGACUUAGCACUUUCUCUGUUUUUCUGUGCAUAAAUUUUUUUUUUUUUACAGCCAUGAAUAUUUUUGCUGAGCCUGCCCAAGAUCCACUUUUCACAACUUUGAUUACUGGCUACAUGAAAUAUUUCCUUACCUUCCCCAAAUCCCCUAGUCCCCAGAAUUUGCUGGCAAAGUGAGCCCUGGCACGAUAUUUAAUUGUGACCUCCUCUCCCCUGACCUGUGUAAGCAUCUCUGUAUCCUUUCGGUUUUAAUAUCUGCACUGCCAAAAGCAGCCCUCAUACAUGCAAAAGGUCUGACAAGGUUCUCUCCACAUCCCUCCCAGUAUGUAAAGAGAACAUGAAUAUUUCAGGAAGAGCAAGAACACGAGUCCAUCAGUGUGAAAUUUCAAAUGUGGUUAUAAAUAUGGUAGAAUCCUAUAGGAUGAUCCACUAGAAAUAAACUUUAUGGAAAAUGUUCACUAACCUCCUUUAAAAGAACAAGGGGUUGCAGCGUGUUACAAAGGACGGCUUGGAUUUUCUACAGAAAAAAAAAUGUUAGCACAGCCUUCCUGAGUUCACUGUGCAUUCAAACCUCUGACGUGCUUUGUGAUUUCCUUUGGUUUCUUUCUGUCCGAGGUAACGGGGAAUUGCGUUCAAAAUGAGUUCGUUUAUGAUCAGGCUUAAAGCUGCCCCAAGCUGAGGUCAUUUUCCCCCUAGUCAGAAAGCAAAAUGUGUUUUUCUUAAGACUUCGUAGGCACUUACAAGGUCCGUACCGUCUUUUGAAUAUAAUUGGAAGCUUCGAAUCCCUGAAAAGCAAACCUGUUCCCUUCAUAAAAAAUGCUAACCACCUGUGCCCGUAGACUGAGAUCACCUGGAUGCAGCACUUUAUUAUUUUUUUUCCCCCAACUCAGAAAAGAACCAUUAUGGCUUAGAGAGGAAAUGCAGAAUGGCAAAAUCCACCAGAGAAAUCGUACUUAGCGAAACAGGCCAGGGCCUGCAUGUGUCCAGAUAAAUCAUUUAGUAUUGUGUAAAUAAAGCUGCAGCCUUUACCUCGCAGGGAUGGUACGGGGAUUUUGGCAGAGCAGAGCAGGACAGUGAAGGAGUUGGGAAGGCAGUGCUCAUUUUCCUAUCAGCUUAAGGGAUCUAUCUCAGCAAGAUUCUUUUAUUCCAAGAACGGAAUUCUGUACAUGCUGAACACAUAGGAGAAACCAUUAAAAAGGAGGAAACAAACAAACAACCUCCUUCUUGUUCCGAAACACUAAUGGCAGGGAAGUAUUACACCAGCCUCUCCGGUGGCUUCUUUUGAAACUGUUGAUCUUAGCUAAAGUGUAUAACCAGCUCUCUGCCUACACCUCACGCCUCUUCCCAAGGCCACCCAGCAAGCCAGGUUGAUCUGAUCAUUCAAACCCGCUGGCUCCUAAAUAUUUCACUAAAACCUUGUGUUCAUGUUGAAGUAGAUGAAAUGGGGAGGGAGUGCACUGCUCACCUCUCGAUGGCUUUUUCUUUCCAGUUCUAUCUCUUUAUCAGGCUCUUACCUGAGAUUUUGCCCCAAUUCAACCUCGAGAGUGAGAGAAGCUGAACAGAUAGAUAACCCUUGGCCUAACAGCCCCAUCAAACCCACCUUGAGAGUGACCACCCGCCCCCCAAGACCCGAAUAGUGAGCGCUUUGUAAGAAGCUGAUCUGAAGUCCCCCGAACUCCUGCCUGGCCCUGGCGGAUGGAUGGCGGAGGAGAAAUGCAAAGGAAACCCAGUAGAAGAGGCACAUUUUUCUCCCCCAUUCCCUGCUCCACCAGGGAAGGGACGAAGCCCACCAAUGCGAAGCAGGUCCUAGAUCCCUGAAAGGUUCUAGGAACUUAGCAUGUAGACUUUGAUCAAUGAAUAUUUCUACAGCUGGGCACCUGUGCUAAAAAGGAUGUUCCACGGGAAGAUGGGGUGGGGAGGGGGUGAAGACGAAGACACGGAGGAAGAAGAGGAGGAGGAAGCCUUGGCCAUAUAAAAUUCAUGCAGACUAAACAGUCUCCCUGACCGAAUAAAUAAAAGCGGCUGCUAUCCUGCUCCGGAAUCAAAAGCAAUUUAAUUAAAGUCUCUUAAGUUGUAAAGAGUUUUAAAUGUUCCGUGUUGAAGGCGAAUGCCUGCAGAUGCACUGGGCUUGACGUCAGCCGCCAGGCCUGGGCUGGGAGGCCAUUUGCUAUUCUGUUUAAGGCAGGCUGGAUUGUCUUAUUUUGGAACCAGCUUGGUGGGGGGUUUGCUUUGCUACUGCUUCUGAGCCCUGAGCUUCAAAGGCUGAAAUUAAUGGUGAACAAAAUUGUGCGGCUCUGGCCGUCCCAUGCGGGGCAGGCCCAUUGAGGGUUAUCAUUAAGUAAAGAAAUAAAGAGGGGGGGAAAAAAAAGCCUGCCUGUUCCCAAAACCUCAUCAGAUAAUGACCUCGGUGAUUGGAUUUUCAUUACCAAACAGCAUCCCGAGAUUAUCCACCCCGUAGAAGAAGGGACGGGGGUGGAAAAGAAAGAAAGGAAAGCAACUGUCUUUCUCUCCCUCUCUCCUUUUUUUUUUUUUUUUUUUUUGCACCUCUUUUCUUUAAAACUGUCAGAUCAUUUCAGUAUUUCAAAUCCGAGGAAAACAGCCUGCCUGCUGCUGUAUUUGAAGUUGUAAUGGUGUCAAAAAGUCACGACUGACUGACAGGCGUCAGUCCCAGAGGGGCUCAUUAAAUCAUAAAAACUUGACAAGGAAAUAAUUGCGCAUCGCCAGCAACUUGGCGCCUGUUUAGACGUUUUUAUUUUCUUUCAUUAUUCGUCCCCACCGUUACGUUCAUUAACAAAUUGCAUUAAGCAACUGCGAAGGGCUAAUGGUUUGUUUAUCGCUCUUUAUUAUUAUUAUUAUUAUUUAAACAUCAGCUGGGUCAGGUGGUACCCAAGCAGCCUCUUGCCAUCAUCCGCCUGAAUAUUUUUCCGCUCCCGAGCUCUGGGUACUGUUGGAAUAUGAAAUAGAUUAUUCAUUACUCUCCUCUUUGCCACUGAUUUGAUUUCAUGUAGCGUCUUCCACAGAGAAAGAUGAAAACUUGUCAAAAAUAGGUUAUAUCUUAUUCGAAGGGGCAACAAUAGCGGCAGGUACAGGCACACUUUAAUAUUUAAUUAAGGUUGAUGUUAACCCCUUUAAAUGACUUUAGCUGUAAGUUCUAUUCAAAUGCAGAGGAGAAAAAUAAUUGUUCUUAAUUUGCAACCUGUUCAGCAGGCAUUCUUCAUGGAGUUCGCCGGAAAUUUAGAGCCGAAUUUUUAAAUAAUGAAAUUUCCCGUCAUAAAUAUUUAUAGCCGUUUGUCUACGUAGUUGAGAAUUAACUCCGAGCAAUGAUUUCCUCGUCGCGUUGGUUUGAACUGCUAGCCUGGUGGGGCACUCGGUCCCCGGGAGUGGAGGUGGCUUUCCUGGGAGAAACGCACAUCCAGAGCCAAGGACUGUUGGUUGGUUGUGGCUGGGACUGGUUUCAAAGGAACCUCUGUGAGCCCCCUGUCUCUGGCCCACUUGUCUCCUCCGUCUGCUGAGUGUGUGGUUGGAGGACUGUGGUCUGGAGAGUAAGUAGGGAUUUCUUAAGGGAAUACUUGUGUGUCCAGGCGGCUGGUGUGGGGAGGGUGUGAUGGGGCAUCUCUGUGUGGUCGGCGAGCUCAUUGCGAACAGUGCUUCCCUAGUAGACAAUAGGACCGGUGCCUUGCUGGGCUUGACCUCGUGUCUUUUUUCCUUCCUGUGACUUGCCAUUGGUGAAACCAUCAGCUUUUCCAUGGGCUCUGGGCUUGAGGGGAAAAGCUCCAACAUCAUCAUCAUCACUGUCGUUGUCAUCAGCAGCAUCCCAGGUGGGAAGUCAGUGGUGGUGUCCAUGCCGGAAGAGCUGGCUGCACCUGGUCACCCUGUUUGAUUCGAUGAGUUUCACAGAGCUGUGGAAGCCGUUCUCAGAGGCCUGGUUCAUUGGUACCUCAGGGCUGGGGUGUUCUGGCCAAUACCGGAGAACGAGGAGUACUUUUCUGCCAACCUGCUUUACUCCCAUCCACCCAGCCCCAGAAAGAUAGGCCCCUUGGACAGCCACUCCAUGGAUGUGGAGGGGAGAGAUGGCGCAUGUCCCUUGCUCAGCCACCAUCUCUCAGCAUCACCCACCCAAGGACAGACGGUCCAGCAGAAGCUGUGGCACAGGAGGGGUGGAUCAAGCAGGUGUGAGCCGAGCGAGGCCUGCCCUAAGCUUCAUAGGAAUGGCACACACACCAGGGUCUUGGGGGCUCUCAAGCCUCCAUUUCAGUGUGUUCCAAAUUAGCCACAAAGGUGACAACUUGCCACCUUUGGAAGGGACUCCGCACCUCAGCAAGAGAUAUGCUCAGAGUCAUUUUUCCAAAAGGAAGGAAGACUUUGUGGAAAGCCAUCCCCAGUCUGACUCCCAGAGACACUGGUUGCCUGAGGUGAGCCGCCAACCAUCAGACUUGACCUCGUCCUAUGCUCUAAUUCACUAACCUUAAACUAAACUCCAGGAAACCUUGCUUAUGUGGCUUUGCCUGCAGCCCGUUGGGCUCAAACCAGUAGUGCCUGCCAGGGGGCAUCCCCAUUUUGUGACAGGUCAGGUAGCUCUCAAGGUGUCAGCCUUUUAAAAAUGGGGCAGGUGACUAUGUGGACAGCUCAGAGAAAUUCUGAAAGCCACGGGCACUGUCACCCAAGAAGGGAGACAUUAUAAGAUAAACACGAGCGGCCAGGCGCAGGCAGGAGGGUAGUGUGUGUGAUUGGAGCCAAGGCUGGGUACAGGGUCCUGAAGUAGGUGAUGGAAGCAGGGUCAGCACCCUCUACUGUGUACAGGAGGGAAGAUACAAGGAGUGAGGAGAGAAGCUGCCCAUGUUCGUUAGGAUUCUAGGUCAGUAAUUAGGUGAAUGUUCCAAAGCCCCCUUACCAGAGGCAAGUAGGGCAAAAACAAGAUGGUGGGACAAACCCAAACUGACUGGACAGGUGGGUUGGGAAUGUGUGAGGAGGUGAGGAGCAGAUGGUGGAGGGGUUAAGGAUGGAUUCCCAGCACCAGGGGACAGGAAGUGGUUAGUGGGACUCGUCCCAGGAGAUAGUCAAGAAGGAAGGGCCCGGAUGUUAGGACCCACUAUAUGCCACCCUCGGCCCAUUAUUGGUCCCCUUCAGGAGGAGCCAUAGGACUGGAAAGACAGGGUGCGUAUCUCCCAGGACCCUGGCCCAAAUCACACACAAGCCCUGUUGUCAUGCCUCAAGGAGCUCCCAGCAUGCUGUGGGAAAAGCACUUCCUCAUCCUGAAUCACCUCAUUACUCGUGCUACAUAAAUAACGAAGGCAUCACAGAGAGAGGGGGAAGUGCCAAGCAGCAGAGCUCUAGACUGUGAUUCUGUGAACUCGUGCACCCCCCUUCCCUUCAUCCAAACAAGGCCCUUUGGCGUGAAUAAUAGCUCAGCGGCCCCGAAGCCCAUAUUGAUCCACUGCACACACGGCUCCACUGAGAGCUGCCUGGACUUUUCCUGGGGGCAGGACAGCAUCGUUCAGUGCAGCCCCCACCUUCUCCCCCCGCAGGUGUGCUCAGGAGGGGACAGUAAUGGGGGGAGCAGGGCCCAUCUCCAGCUCAGGGCUGCUUCGUUGCCUCAACUUUUUUGUUUUUAACUUCUUUUGCCAAGAAAAGUACCUGAGUUGGAGAGAAAUGUUUUUUUGCAUGAGGCCCCACAGAGUUGAGAAUGAAAUACAUCCUCAGGCUCUAGCUUCUCUCCAGAAGGUUCUGCCAAAGAGCCAGGCCACAGAGGCACGCUCAGCUGACACAGAGGCCUACUGCAUGCCCAGCAUCAGGCUAAGCACCUUGGCAUGCCGUCCUGCGUGGUCCUGUUAAUUUUCUGUCUUAACACCAUCAGAAGAGAGAGGAGCCGAGAAUGUGGCCAGAAUCCAUCCCAUCUUUGGGGAAUGGGGUUGUUGUCAAAUUCAGAGAGAAGCAUCAGCUAUAGGUUGCUAAGUGCACGGGGCCUGAAGCCCACCAGCCCCCCACUAUGAAGCUCCAAACACACUCUCCCCUUCCUUGUUCCCAUCUCUUCUGGACACAGGAGGUGGCCCAGGCCUUGGCCCACUGAGCUUUGUACACUUGAAAGAUGAGCCAGGUCUCUGCACAGUAACACCCUGUGAGCCGGUGGAGACCUGAAAUCCCACCUUUAACGGCCCACUCCUUUGGUUUCUGCCCCUGAGCCCUGGAAGAAAUGCAGAUUCUUUUUCCUCUUGGUCGGCUUCAAUCCCAUGAACCACUGAUCCCUCGGAUGAACUGUCUGUCUGACUGUUUCCUGAGGGCAGAAUUGGAUUUUGGGGAAGAAAGAUCUACCAUGGCAAGGAGCAGCUUAGUAGUCUUUGGGAGAAGGGAUAGAAGGAAAGGAGACCUUUGUUGCCUGGGACCAGCUCCUUGGUGGUGUCUUCCAGAACCAGCUGCCCUUUUGGGUCACGAAUGGGUUAUGGGGGGCACAGCCUUGCCAUAGAAGCACACACACACCCUGGCCCGGGGCCCACAAGCACUCAGGUCAGAGGACACAUGGGCUCUGCCAAGGCAGGAUAACUGGGUGGGGUUCCCCUGGCACAUCCCACAGCAGUGCCCUUGCCAAGGAGGAGAAGGAGAGAGGGCAGGAAGGCGGAGGGUGGAGGGGUAGUUAGAACAGUAGACAGUGGGUUCCAGCCAACUGCUUUCCUUGGGGAGCUGUUCCAGCCUACCCCCCCCCCCAGCCCUGCUGAGGUGAUGAGGCUAAGGCAUUUGGGGAAGAGCCCAAAACUGAUUGUUUAUGCCCCAGCAGCCCCUCCCCGUGCUGCCCCAUCCAGCGCCUCAGCACAGCAGGGACAAUGUGACUCUGGAGACUGUCUCUGCCUGAUUUGUAUCUCCUGUUCAUCCACAUCCCCCUCUCCCCUGCCAAGAAACCUCAGAGCGAGGAGAGCUCGGGGCUUCGUGGGCUCAUCCGUGUUCCCGACAAGACUUCUAAACAAGCCUUUCCCUGUUUGAAGUACAAGAGGUGUAGUCAGAUUUAUUCGUCUACUCAAAAAAUACUUACAGGCUGCCCUGCCCAUCGUGUUCCAGGCCCCAAAGAUGCGCUAGGUAAGAAAACAAGUAGGACAGUCCCAUCGCCCUGGGGGCUGCAGGCGGGAAAGCUGUCUUGGUUCCCAGAGCCCUGACUGCUAACUGCUCUCAGGCAGGUCACUCUCAGGGGCUGGGGAUCAAGCUGCGCUGCCCACGCCUCUGCCACCUCCCGGCGCUGCCCCGGACGCCCCACCUCCACGAAUCCUUGCAAAGCCCUCCAGUGCUGUGUGUUCGUUCCUCCUUGCAGUUUCCACCACAACGUGUGCAAAGUGGCCCCACUGGAGUAGCGUGGCAUUGACAUUUGCCUGCAAGUGGUUGAGUCCCCAUGAGCACUGGCUCCGUAUCUAGGACCUGCCCCCGAGAGGCAGGGGACAGGAAAGGGGACCCUUUAGAUUGGGACUGACUUGGAGGGCUUUUUUUUCCCCCCUUUUUCUUUUUUCUUUCUUUCUUUUUUCUGCUUAUUAAAUGAUAAAGGUUCGACUUGGCAGGCAAUCAGAAACCCAAAAUAUCAUAAAAGGGAAAAAAGUUGCCGAGUGGCUAAGAGGCGCACCACGGGAGUGUCAGUGGGCUCGGCGGCGAGGUGAAUUGCUGAGCGAUGGAGCAGGAGACAUUUUUCAAAGGCUUCUCUCUCCUUCUUCUCUCUCUGUCCCCCAUGCAGAAAGGGGAAAAUAGAAGCAGAAUCCAGAUUGGGGCACGAGGCUGAUGGGUCACCCUCCCCCACCACCAGCCCCCAGACAGUGGAGAAACUUUGAUCUGGAGAUAGGAGGAGCCUGGGCAAAGGCUGCCACGGGGUCCUGGCCCCUGGAUGGGCCUCCCUGAGCUCCCCACAGGGGACGGAGAGCCGGGGGAGGGGGAUUUGAAAUGAGGAAAUGUGGGACCCACGUCCCUUGAGUUCCAUGCUGGCCACCGGUUUGGAUGGCAAAAGCCAACCAGGUGGAUGGGCUCAGGUUCCCAGAACCCUCUAGGUGUGCAGGCUCUAGGGACCCUUUGGCCCACCCACUGGCUCAGAUGGGAGAUGGGGUUCAGAGAGGGAACGAAUCUUUGCUGGAGACCGCCCUACAAAUGGGUGGUGGGUCCAGGCGUGGACUCCAGGUCUGCAGCCUCUGCUUGAGCUUCCCUCCUCCGCUCAAGGUGUAGCUCAAACAGCACCACAUUCUGGAAGCCACGGCCCAGCCACGGGGCCUCUUUGGUAGCGGUGGCCUUCACACCACGGGGCUAACAUUCCUCCAUUACAUGCUUUUUAAAGCAGCAUGCACAGAAAGCCUCGGUUCCCUCCCUGUUGGCUGUGAUCAUUUUUUCCCUAAAUGUCAGAUCUUUUCUCUCUUGAGGAACUGGAAGAGGACACCCUGGGUGUCCCGUCGGCUGAGCUACGAACGUCCCCUGGGAGAGGCAUUUUUACUCACAUCCACUAGCAACAGAAUCUUGUGAGAAACAACUAAGUAAGAAUUGGAGUCCCGCUGCCCCGACCCUGAGCCUACAGAGGUCUCGGGCAAACACCUCAGCUGCCCAUGAUGCUCAGGCGAUGCUGCUUCAGAGCUGGGGAGGCCCUAGAAUGCUCCAGCCUCUGGUGGCUGUGGCGGCGGUGUGUUCCCACCCAGGAAGAGCCAAGCGGGGAGGCCCCACGAGGCUUUGCUCUUUUCCCAAGUUCUGGCACCUUCCAGGCACGAGGUGCACAGAGCCCUAGACCACCAACCUGACAAGUGGCCUCACGGUAACGAGUCACAGCCUGCUCGGGGCUUCAGUUCCUCUCCGGGCAGAUGGGAAAGUUGGUUGGAAAGUCUCAGGAAGGUAGGCAUCUGCCAACUCCAGCCUCCAGUCAUUCACGCCAGUGAAAAGGGAAUGUUCCUAACAGCGCAAGGGCCAAAGGCCCUGGGGUAAGCUGGCAGCCCCUGGCAUGGAGAACCGCCUAGAAGAGCAGGAGAUUGGGUGUGCUGAGCUUCUGAGCGGUCUUGGAGGCAGGACUGGUGGCACGGGCUUGUGACCAGUGCAGUCACACAUGUGACCCCACAUUCAGAAGGGCCCCACACUGGGGUUCAAUGCUGUACAGUCGCUGUCUUGAAACUCAUGAUAAUGUUACCUUUAUAAUUGCAUUUUGUAAAUGAAGUCCAGUGAGACAGUGGAGUAUGAACAGGGAGCUUGGAGCCUUGGCCAUGCAGUCCUGCCUCCCACCACCUCCCUGCUUCUGGGGUCUGAUUCUCAGCUCCCCAGAGUCUCCGUUCCACUCGGCCUUUCCAUUCCAACCUCCACACAGCAGGUGCUACCAACCUGCCCCCAGCCUGGGCUCAGGCAUGGGAAGGGUCAAGGUCUGGACACGUGCAGCCCACAGCAUCUUGGGGUGGGGUGUGGUAGCCGCAGUCCCUGCCCUCUGCUGGCAGCAUCCGGGGCACAUUUGGUGGGGGACUCACCCCCAAGGGUUGCCCAUCUGCUGAGGAUUGGAGCAGGGACCCCGCAGAAGAGGGAGAUGCCUCUCUUGACGUCCUGACCCAGGCCUGCAGCACAACUGUCCGUCCAGCCACUGGGAAGGAAGGGAGCCUGACUACCAGGCUCGAGGGUGAGUGCAUGCCCAAGUCACAAGGCAGGGACCAGCACCCUGAGGGGCUGGCCUCCCCCUGAGAGCACCCCUGUGCCUGGGGGAACCCUCUCUUCCUUCUUCCAACUUCCCAGCUUGUCUCUUCUGGCCAGGUUGAGGCACUUUCUUGAAACAAGCCAAAAAUAUGUUGUGUAACUGGUGAUUCAACACACGUAAAUAUUCUGAUAUUUGCCUUUAAACCUGGCAUUGUGCUGUAUAAAAAUAAAAAGUAAAAUUCGGGCUAGUAAUUUAAAGUUUUGUCUUUACUUGGAAGACAUGAACUAGAAAUUUUAAAAUACUGUGACAAGAGACGGAGACCAGGGAAGAAAUGCAAAAAGCAUUUUCAGGGGCUCCGUAUUUUCAUUUUGCUUCGGAUCUCACCGAUUGUGGAGCCGGUCUUGCGGGGUGAGUCACUUUCCCUCUGGGGCACCCAUUCCCCUAUCAGGAAACCAGACCAUUAACUCUGCGCUUGCUCCUCCCUUGCUCAGGGCACAAUAUGAAGAUGCGCUUGGAUAAAACCCACGAACUAGGUUUAGAAACCAGUGUGUGGUGCCAACCCUUGGCCUUGGAACAGGGCCCUGCUUUCUUAAAAAGGAGUUCAGCCCCUCUCCUGUAGGUUUAACCAUGGACAAGUCAGUCUGUCCUCCAGGUAUUGUCCCUGGGUAUUGCGUCGUAGGGACUGAAGCACCCGUCUAAGAGCCACCCCUCCUCCCUGGCGUACGGACAGUAUAACCCCUAUAUCUGGAAUCUCAGCAAGUUGUGAAAUGGAAAGAUGUCAGCCAACCCAAGGGCUGGGGCCAGCGUGCAAAGACUGGUCAUUGAUCUCUACAUUCACCCCUUAAAUUAACAGUGAGGCCAGAAUUGCAGAGCUCAGUACAAAGUGUCCAGCACGGAGGAGUAUAGGUGCCAACCAGGUUUGGCUUGAGGGAUCAUCUUCUCGAGAAUGGUAAAAAUCCUGAUUCCACUCAUACUUCCAGGAAGAGGGUGUCUCCAUUUCAGAAGCAUUCCCCAAGCCACUGUCAUGGAGGUUCCAAGUGCAACUUUCAACCUGCCUUGCCCGAUGUCUGAGGACUCAACUGUCCAGGGGAUGAAUGUGUCCAAAGUAGCAACCUGUCAUCUGCUAUAAAAGUGCUAUUACUUUAAGAGAACAUAAGUGAGGGAUGCAUGGCAUGAACGAACGAAUGAAUGAAUGAAUGAGUCCAUUUAGAUCAAUUAGCCUCAGGUGGAGUCUGGAUAUUAAACAGCAUACUCAACAGUGCCAUUUUAAGAGAAGAGAAUUUGGAUGACCCCACCCCACCCCACCCCAUCUGGCUUCUUCUACAGCUUUUCCCGAAUAGUGGAUGAUCUCUUGAUCAUUUUCAAAUUUUACAGUUUUAAGUUUAUCUCAUUUCACUUCAUUUCCUUUUGAGUGGUGUCUUCCGGCUACAGCUCAACUUCCCCCAGCUAAUUCAUUAGGCCUGAGCGCUGCUCCAGAGUGGGAUUAGAACCCGUGUAGUACAUAGUCACUUUAAACCGAAAUCUGCUAAUUAAUGGCUCUUCCGUGCGUGACUGAACGAUAGCGCUCCUUCCCCGGGGAAUUGCGAUUUCAUGGUUCCUAAUGAUGCUGCGAUUACAUUAUCUGGAUCACGCAGACGGUGGGAGUCAGGAGCGGUGCUCGGAGCCUGUCUCGGGGAUGGGGAGAAAUUGCUCCUAAAACCAAGGGGACCAGGGAAAGGAGUUAGAACGUUUGUUGUUAAUUGUCAUUAACACGUGCUAUUCCUUCAUCUCAUUCAGGCAUUUGUUUCAAGAUCCAACUUCCCAAAUCUCCGCGAGGUCUCCCUCCCCAUAACCUCACUUCCCCGCCCCCUAUUAUUCAUAGGGUUAUUUUUUGUUUAAAAAAUACAUAUAUAUUUAUUUGCUGUAUUCCACAAAGUAAUUUAUUUUCAUUACAUUUCUUGGAAAUGUGGGUCUACAAAUCGUUAGUACAAGUAAUAUGUGUUGAUUGUUGUUUCCUGAACCAACUUGUAUUAUUUGAUGAGUUAAAUAAAAUGCCUAAAUCCAACAUC